AUGGCGAAUGGCUCUCUACCACUUGAGAUUCUCGAAAACAUUGCAAAUCACUUGAGUAUUAUAGAACAUAUUGAAUGCACCCACGUUCACAAAACAUGGACUGACUUGUUUCGUCAAGUCCUGUACACGACUAUCAAGAUAAGAACACGAAGACAGUUCAAGCAGCUUUAUUCGAUCCUCCUUCAAACAUCGUCAAUAAAAGGAGGAGGGCUCGGUUAUUUUGUCGAGAGCUUGAUUAUUGGGGAUCAAGUUGGAUUCACCUCGGGCGAAUUAGAUCAAUUAAUACAGUUCUGCCCUUUCAUUCAGACUAUUGAAUUCAACCCUCGUCUCUGGCGCUAUCUCCGCAGUCCGAGUAAACUAGGCACCCUAAAGCUCUUAAAAACUCUUCCGAGCCUCAAUCGUGUGCGCAUUGCAAAUUCACUAAUCAAGGAGGUUGGCAGUAAUCUGACCCAACUCAAUCUCAAUGGCAUGAUUGUAAACGAAUGGCAAGAGAAUCGCCGGCUGGUGUUCAUGUUAUCUCUUUUGCCUGGUCUAAAGAAACUCAACCUGGCUGGAGAGUUUGUUAUGUGGAAUCAACGGGAUAGUCCUCGAGCACAAUUUUCUUUUGAUGAUAUUGAUACCAUAAGUUCAUCAUGUCCAUAUCUUGAGCAUCUAGGCCUAAUGUGCAUUAAUAUCCAGUCGAGAGUGGCUUUUGGGGUUAUUGACCUUAACCCUACCAAGAUAAAACAAAGCAAAAACCUUCGUGUUCUUUCACUGAAAGAUGUUCGCCAAAAUCAUUACCAGAAUAUGAGCUACUUUAUUCACAAAUACCCCAAUUUGGAAGAACUUUUAUGGACAGGGUUCGCCAGAGAAGAAAUGACAAGACUUGGUCAGAUACGCUUGGAAAACGAAACCAUGGAGAGCCCUUAUUUAAGUUUGGCAAAGCGAUUAUCUCGGUUAAAGAAGCUCCGGCUGCACAGAAUACCUGUACGACUAUGGCCAGGCCGAGCGUUUUUUGAAACAAUUCAGAACAAAAGGGUUUCACUUGAGAGUAUUCAAAUUGGGUUUCUUUCAUCCUCAAGAGAUCGCUUGGAUGGACUGGAUAAUUUUGAAUCUAUGUUGGAAAGCUCAAAAGAUACCCUCAAGGAACUUACUAUGAAAGCAUGGAGAGGAGCCCACUUUCUGAAUGUCAUUCGCCCUCUUUAUCACUGCCGACAGCUCACAUCUCUAUCAAUAUCUGGUGACCUUCCUCAAACUGUAUUUAUGUUUGACUGGAUUUUGGAUUUCUGUCACCAUCUUGAAUCAAUAUCAAUAUUUACCUGCCAUGUGUCAAUCUCUGAUGAAUCUCACGGGUACCAGUAUUUUGGGCUCCAUCGGUGCUUAACAAGUCUCUCCAUCAAGUUCUCUAUUCUAGAUAUACAUGACAUUAUUUAUCAUCUCGCCCUUCGUUGCCCAAACCUAUCUUCUCUGGCCUUAAAUUCGGUGGAAAAUGAACAAGUGUUCCCGGACAGAUCUGUGGAGAUAAACAUGCCUGAGCACACCUUCCAGAGUAUCGUGCUCAAUGAUAUAAAAUGUAUUCGACUCAACUCUGAUUGUGAGAGAAGAAGAGGGAACUACUUGGCUCUUUUAUCUGUUUCUGCAUUAGACAAAAUGAACAAUAUGCUAAGACGAAGGGAGUCACCGGCUCUACGCUGGUACGAUCAGGAUAAGCAAGAAGAAGAUGUAGAGUUUGGGAUGUCGCGUUGGUAUCACCGGUAUGAUGAAAAUGCGGAUUAUGAAAAAAGAAGAGUUCGUAGACUCUCUGGAGAAGAUGCAAGAAGGGUCAGAGACUACGAAAUUAGCUCUGAAGAAUGGGAUCAGAUUUUGAUGACCAAUAUAUUCUCUUACAGCGGGAAAAGACAGUGGAAGCAGGAUAUUCCUCAAGGUUACAUCCGUAUACGGUGUCAGUCUGUCGCACAGAUUAUAUUUAAUGAAGUUUCUUUGUAUUGA